CUCGAAACACAGCAGCCUCCUCGCCGCUUCACCGCAGCCCGUCGCUCCCUGCGCCGUCCCCCCUCGCUGCUGCGCUCCUGACGACCUGUCCUCGUGCGCUGCACCCUCCCCCUACAGCUCCUCGCGCCCAACGCCGCCCCAUUGGACCGCCGCACCAGCUGUCGCAGCCCCGCCACGGUUAGCUACGUCCCGCCACGGGCCCUCCAGCAUGGGGGUUUCUCUCAUCGACAUCCAGCGCGACUUGAUCCUCAGCACCAUCCGCAACACGACCCGCGGCGACUGGAAGGUCCUGGUCACAGACGAGGAGAGCCGCAAGCUCAUCGACAAUGUCGUCAAGGAAGAUGACAUCCUCGACUCCAACAUUACGAACAUCGAGCGCAUCGAGGACAGGCGCCAGGCGCAGCCCGACACCGAUGCCGUCUACUUCCUCACCCCGAAGCCGCACAUAAUAGACUGCCUCAUGGCCGACUUCGAGCGCCGGCGAUACAAGGGCGCAUUCCUGAUAUGGACCACAUUGCCCGCGGGCCCUCUUCGCGAGCGCUUGGAACGCUCCCAGAUGGCUCAGCAGCAGAUCCGCUCCUUCAAGGUCAUGCACCUCGACUUCCACCCGCGCGAGUCCCACCUCGUGACCUUCAAGGACCCCUGGAGUUUUCCGAUCCUCUUCCAUCCCGAAUGCAACAACCUCGUCAAGCACCACAUGGAGGAGGUGGCCGAGAAGAUUGUCGGCGUUUGCGUCGCGCUCGGCGAGUACCCCACCAUUCGCUACUACCGGCCGCGUGCCCCUACCCACGAAGCCAGCGUCCUCUGCUCCCAUCUUGCUCGCUUCGCCCAAGACAAGCUCGACAUGUACGCACAGUACAACCCCGACUUCCCGCCCCCAUCGAACCGCCCGCGCGGUGCUCUUUACAUCACCGACCGUUCCAUGGAUCUGUUUGCGCCGCUCCUCCACGAGUUCACAUAUCAGGCCAUGGUCCAUGACCUGCUCAAGCUGCAAGAAGGAGACAAGGUCAUAUACAGAACUGUCAUCGCAGAUGAGAAUGGAGAGGAAGAGAAGGACAUGGAGAUCAGUGACAAGGAUAAGAUUUGGGUCGAGUACCGCCACCGACACAUGAAGGACACCAUCGACAAGUUGAUAUCCGACUUCCAGAAGUUCAUCGCAGACAACCCCCACUUUACCAACCAGGAUGCCGCGAAUGCUGGCGGAAUGAAUGGGCUGAAUGCCAUCAAGGAUAUGAUGGCCGGCCUGCCUCAGUUCCAGCAAACGAAGGAGGCUUAUUCGCUCAAUAUCAGCAUGGCCCAAGAGUGCAUGGAAAUUUUUCAGAAACAAAAACUUCCUGACUUGGCCUCCGUCGAACAGUGUCUCGCCACCGGACUUGACGAGGAGUACAAGAAAGCCAAGAACAUGGCAGAUCAGGUGAUUCGCACUCUGGAUGAAGACGCAGUUACAUCCAGCGACCGACUUCGCCUUAUCGCCUUGUACGUCCUAUACAGGGACGGAAUCCUUCCAGCUGACCUCACCAAACUUCUUUUGCACGCGCAAUUACCCCUUGAAGACGGCGCUGUCGUCAGGAACCUUGAAUCUCUAGGCGCACACACAGCGCGGGGACUGAAGGAUAAGCGCGAGCCAACUCCUCCAAUAUUUCCACGUAAAACGAUCCCACCGGUGAACGCCGAGGAAUACGCCUUAUCCCGCUACGAACCCGUCCUUAAAGACGUUCUAGAGGAGCAUGUCCUUGGCCGCGUUCCUCAAGAUGUAUUCCCGUAUACCAAAGGAAGCCCCGAGGAUCCCGGAAUGAAUGACGUUACGCCCGCAUCGUCUCUGCGCUCUGCAAAGCCAACGUGGGCAAAAUCAAAGUUGUCAAGCGUGGAACCACGCCAGCGCAUCAUUGUUUUCAUGGCAGGCGGAGCAACAUACUCGGAGGCGCGCGCAUGCUACGAGAUCACCGAGAAGACGUCGAGGGAUGUUUUCCUCGUCACCUCACACAUGAUGAACCCCGGCCUCUAUCUCCGGCAGAUCGGCGACCUGAGCCAAAACCGCCGAGCGCUGCGACUGCCAGCUGACCAGCCACCACCAAAGGCGCCAGCGCAUCUCUUUGAAAAACCAGAGCCUCCAAAGCCCGCACCUCCCCCAGCGGGUAUGAAGCCCGGGGUCCCAGGCGGAAGACCCAACAUCCCGGGUGGUCUCCCCUCGCGGCCCGGCGGCAGCGGUGCGCCGCCAACCGCAGGUAUGGCCAACAUGUCGCUGAAUUCGCGGCCACAAGGGCAGCCUACGCCACCGCCCGCCCCCCCAGGCAAACACGGCAAAGAAGAAAAGGAGAAGAAGAAGAAGAAGCACCACUUCUUCAGUUCGUCCAAGUCGUAGGGCAGCUUUGGCGAUGUUCUUCUUCGUUUUUGAUCUUGGUGGGGGCUUUGGCUCGUUUUAGCGUUGCAUGGGGGAGCAUUGGGAGGACAAGGCAUGGCGCAUGGCGUCUGGGUCUCUGUCUACGAUACCACUGGUUGGAGCUAGACAGUCAGAUUAGCGUAGUUUGUAUACGAUUGAACAUACAUUCUGCAGUAUUGG